ACCAACAUGGCGCUUCACUGUGGUCGGGCGUGUAGGCAAUAUUUACUUCAUCUGGCGCACGAUAACGUCGAUUUUAGAUUAGCGGAAAUAAAAGCAUUGCUCUCUCUAAGGGACCGGCCAUUUGAGACACCAGAAACAUUCAAUGAAAAGUCUCCCUUCUGGCAUCUAAAUGGCUUGUCAGAAGACGACAUUCGGAGUGUCAUGUCCAGAACGGUUUGUGGAAAGUCUGCUUUUGAACUUUGGGGUCAUGGGAAGACGACAGAUGAGCUUCGGAGGUCGUUAUUGGAGUAUCCAUCAGAAAACAUGGCUCCAUAUCUGCAACAAAACUCAACCUAUAAGAUCAAUGUCUACACUUUUAACAAAACAUUAGAAUUUAAGGACAGAAUCAAAAAAAUUGAUGCUCUAGACUUCCUACCAUUUGAAGGCACGGUCAACCUCAAGGAUCCAGAACAUAUUUUCUGCUUGCUUGAGGAUUAUGGAACUGAUCCUAAUGAUAUUCCAGAGGAGCCUGUCUAUGUGUACUUUGGGAGAUGGAUCGCAGACGGUCAGAGAGAGUUAAUUCGCUCUUACAGUGUGAAGAAGAGACAUUUCAUUGGGAACACUAGUAUGGACGCUGGCCUUUCUUUCAUUAUGGCUAAUCAUGCCAAAGUUAAAGCUAAUGACUUGGUUUAUGAUCCUUUUGUUGGAACAGGUAGUCUUCUGGUAGCAUGUUCACACUUUGGGGCGUAUGUAUGUGGGACAGACAUCGAUUAUAACACUAUCCAUGGAAUAGGAAAGGCCAGCAGGAAGAAUCAAAAAUGGAGAGGACCAGAUGAGAACAUCCGAGCCAACCUGCGACAGUAUGGGGCUGAACAUCUCUAUGUGGACGUCAUGGUGUCUGAUGCUUCCAAACUUGUUUGGAGACGAAAUGCCCAGUUUGAAGCCAUUAUUACAGACCCUCCAUAUGGUAUUCGUGAGUCCACACGGAGAACAGGAUCUCAUAAAGAUAUCAUCAAACCUCCUGAGGAUUAUUCUGGAGAGAGUCAUGUGCCGGUUUCAAUGGCUUACCAUCUCAGCGAUAUCUUUGCUGACCUCUUGAAUUUUGCAGCCCAUCACUUGGUUUUAGGAGGACGUCUUGUCUACUGGCUUCCCAUCUACAGGCCAGAGUACUGCGAUGAGAUGGUGCCUCUUCACCCCUGUUUGACUCUCAUCAGCAACUGCGAACAAACCCUGUCCAGCCACACGUCACGAAGACUCAUCACCAUGGAGAAGACCAAGGAUCCAGAGGAUUCGGACAGUCUAGCACACCUUGCUGACCCUCGGUUCACCCCAUACCACGGUCACAACUCUUUCAGAGAAAAAUACUUCAGCGGUCUUACCAAGAAAAAUGGAAAGAACGUCAAAGUCACAACAGAAGAUGAAGAUUAAAACAUAAAAAAAACACUGUUUUAUGCUUAUAAACAAUUUUUUUACAUUCUUUUUAUUCCCUAAUUUUGAUAUGUUUAUAUGUUGUUUCAAAUAAAAUGCAUUGUUUUAUUAA